AUGAUGGUUCACACACGCGGUCAUCGUACAUUAAACUCUGUUGCAUCCAAAAUCCUGGUUAGCGACAAUGAUGAUCUGUUAUCAACGACUUCGGAUUAUCGCGUUUCAUCGAAUCGUUCCCGAAAACCAUUUACAAAGAAAGAAAGCCUUGCUAUACUGAAUUAUAUUCAAGAUAAUAACUUACUAUCAUUGUUAAACAAACGUUCAACUUACAGUCAUUUAGAAGCUGUUAAGAUUUCAAAUCACCGUGCAGAAAGCAUACGCAGUCAUGUUCGACACGUUUUGCUUCCUAUGCUUAAAAAUCUUCCGGUUCAGGCAAAUAAAAACAUUGAUAGUAAAGUUACCACCAAAAAUGAUGAGUGUAAAAAUCUUGACAACAAUAAUCAAACUUUGAGAAGUGGUUUUUAUCGUAUCGGACGACAGCGAUAUACUUUGAUGGAGGAUGAAGCGAUAAUGAAGUAUUUGUUGGAGAAUAACCUAUGGAGGCGGGUAAGAAGUCGCGCUUUAUGGAAAGAGAUGGCAAAGGAAGGUGUAACUAGCCAUUCAUCAGAAUCAAUGCGGGCGCGCUUCCGUCACCAUUUAGUGAAUUCAGUGUAUGCCCGUUUACUGAAAUCACUCACAAAAAACGAGCAGGUCGAACUUCAUAAUAUCUUCUUUGGAGGAUCAAAGAGAUAUACCAAUCCAAUGGAGGAAAAUAAAUAUAAUGAUGCACUCAGUGAUGAUGGUGCUUGUCACUCAUCUUAUUCGAUUGAUGAAUGUAGUCUGGACUUGAAUAAGUCUAACACAAUUACGACAUAUGUGCUUUUCAGUCAGUCACAAAAGAAUCACUUAGACAAAUCAACUAAUAAAGAGACGUCCCCGACAACUGUUCAACGUGAUAAAUUCGGGGAUGUAUUACCAGAUCCUACGAAAAGUUUUAGUCCUUUUCUUCGCGAUCAAAUAUCUGUUUGUUCGUAUGAAAGUCCUACAAGAUUUUGUAAUAACUACCCUCGACCACCAACAGUCAUAGCAACAAAUACGAAGAAAGCAUCGGAAUCAAAUGACUUACCAAAUGCUUCAACCAGUCUAUCGUCACUUAACGAGUCUCUGUUAGAGCUGAUACAAGGUACUCCAUCCCAAGAUUCCAGUUCACCGUCGUAUUUAUCAUUGAUGACAUCGGAUUCAUCACCUUCAUUUGACCCAAUGAAAUAUCCUGUAUGGGUGUCAAAGUUGAUAAACUGCACUAGUUAUAUAACAACGCCUUUACAGGCUAUAUUGCUUGUCUAUAUGACAAAUGGUUCCGUUGCAGAAGCGUACAACUUUUUGACUACCGGAAAACGUCGUCCAUCAUCAAUAACAAAUUUUAGUCCGCCUCUUUGGUCACCUGAUGAUGAUGAAUGUUUAGGUUCAACUGAUCAAAACAAGCUUGAUGAACUUGUCAGUCGUUUCGGUUGGAUAGAAAUAGUUAAACGUGUUGGCUUUUUACAAAAUAAAAACAAUAUUGAUACUUCUGAUAUCAUUAAAAAAUAGUAUUUCAAAAAUUUCCUACAUACUUGACGUCUCCUCCAUUUCAUAAAGCAUUGUUGUUAGUAUUUUAUAAUACUGUUCAAUCUAUA